CGCGGGGAAAGCUCCAGCUCCUAGCUUGGAGCUCCCGGCUGGGCGCUGGACGUCAUGCAGGUACACAGCGAGACAGCUGACCGUAUCACUCCCAUCAGAACGCGGUGCCUGAGUUGUGCCGUAUUUGAAGCUCCUAUCUGAAGCUGCUGUUUAAAGCAGGCCAGCCCCGCUCUCCACACCCACACCAUCACCACAAUGGGCGGCGAAUCCCACACCCGCACCGUGCCCAUGGCGUCGCACCCGUACCCGCAGCUGGCUGCUGGGCCGGUGGGCAAGCAGAUCCACAGCAUCUACUCGAGUCGGCUGAGGCAGUUUACCGACGGGGGGCAGUACCGCGAGCAGGGGCUGAGAGGCAAACUCGACGAGGCCCGCGUCAAGGGCACCGACACCGACCACGUCAAGCUCGCCGUCUACUCGCCGCCCGGCCAGUCGCGCCCGCUGUUCAAAGAGGCCACCAGCCACGGCUUCACGCCCACGCACCUCGGCGCCUCGUUCGGGCCCAGCUGGUCGACCCACUGGUUCAAGAUCCAGCUCACUGUCCCCAAGGCGCUGCUGGAAAAGGAACGCCUGGAGUUCCACUGGGACGCCGACAACGAGGGCCUCAUUUGGACUGAGGACGGCCACACGGUCCACGGCCUGACGGGCGGCGGCGAGCGUGUCGAGUGGAUUCUGCCCGACUCCUUCCGCGACGGCAAGCCGCACACUUUCUACAUCGAGAUGGCCUGCAACGGCAUGUUCGGUAAUGCCCCCGGCGGCGACUCCAUCCAGCCGCCCGCCCCGGACCGCUACUACACCCUGCACACCGCCGACAUCGUCGCUGUCAACCUCGAGGCCCGCGCGCUGUACUUCGACUUCUGGGAGAUUGGCGAUGCGUCGCGCGAGUUCCCGCAGGACUCGCUCGAGGCCCACGGCGCCCAGCAGGUCGCGAACCGCAUCAUGGACGCCUUCAUUGCCGGCGGCGGCAGCAACGCGAGCAUCAAGGAGGGGCGCAAGAUUGCGCGCGAGUACCUGGGGGACGUCGACUCGCACAAGGUUUAUGACGGCGACGAGGCCCUGGUCACGGGCAUUGGCUACUGCCACAUCGACACCUGCUGGUUGUGGCCGUUUGCCGAGACCAAGCGCAAGGUCAACCGCUCGUGGUCCAGCCAGUGCGACCUCAUCGACCGCUACCCCGAGCUGCGCUUCUGCUGCUCGCAGGCCCAGCAGUACAAGUGGCUCGAGCAGGACUACCCGUCCACGUUUGACCGCGUCAAGAAGAAGGUCAAGGAGGGCAGCUUCCAGCCGAUUGGCGGCAGCUGGGUCGAGCACGACACCAACCUGCCCGGCGGCGAGUCGCUGAUCCGGCAGUUCCUGUACGGCCAGCGCUACUUUGAAAGCAGGUUUGGCAAGCGCUGCAAGACCUUCUGGCUGCCGGACACGUUCGGCUACUCCACCCAGCUGCCCCAGAUCUGCCGCAUCUCCGGCAUGACGCGCUUCCUGACCCAGAAGCUGAGCUGGAACAACAUCAACAACUUCCCGCACACCACCUUCAACUGGGUCGCCCUCGACAACAGCCAGGUCAUCUGCCACAUGCCGCCGUCCGAGACGUACACUGCCGAGGCCAACUUUGGCGACGUCAAGCGCAGCAUCACCCAGCACAAGUCGCUCGACCAGGACCAGACGUCUCUGCUUGUCUUCGGCAAGGGCGAUGGCGGCGGCGGCCCCACAUGGCAGCACCUCGAGAAGCUGCGCCGCUGCCGCGGCAUCAGCGAGAAGACCAGUCUGCUCCCGCGCAUCAAGCUCGGCGACUCGGCCGACGACUUCUUCGACAAGCUGGAGAAGAAGAUCGAGAACGGGACUGAGCUGGUCACGUGGUACGGCGAGCUGUACUUUGAGCUGCACCGCGGCACGUACACGACGCAGGCAAACAACAAACGCAACAACCGCAAGAGCGAGAUCAUGCUGAGGGAUAUUGAGUAUCUGGCUACGCUGGCGACGGUCCGCAACGGGUUUGGCAAGAGCAGCGCGUACAAGUAUCCCAAGAAGGAUAUCGAUGAUAUGUGGGAGAACGUGCUGCUGUGCCAGUUCCACGACUGCUUGCCGGGCAGCUCGAUUGAGAUGUGCUACGACGAUUCUGACAAGAUCUAUGCCAAGGUGUUUGCCACGGGCGAGAAACUCCUCUCUGAGGCACUGUCUGAACUCGGCUUCGACGAUGAGAAGUCGCUGAGCCCCGGCAGCGAGCUCUGCACCAUCAACACCCUGCCCUGGACGCGCACUGAGAUCGUAAAGCUGCCGGACUCUCACCCGGUAGAGUAUGGUUUGGCGCAUGGCGACGCUUUGAGCACCAUGGCGAUUCGCCCGCUGGCGUCUGCUUACUCUGCGGCCACGGCUACCAUCGCGGAGACCGGCCCCGGAGUCUUCGAGCUGCGCAACUCGCAGUACGCAGUCAAGGUCACCGACGGCGCCAUCACGUCGCUCUACGACCUCAAGGUCAAGCGAGAGCUGAUCCCCAAGGGCAAGAAGGCGGCACAGCUCGUCAUCUACGACGACAAGCCGCUCUACUGGCAGGCCUGGGACGUCGAGGUGUACCACCUGAACUCCCGACAGGAGCUCUCGCCCCACAAAGUCUCCAUCUCGUCCUCGUCUCCUUCGAAGGUCUCUCUCACUAUCGAGACCAAGAUCUCCGACAAGUCGUGGGUCACCACCACGCUCUCCCUCCCCGCCGCCGUUGGCAACUCCCCCAGCGCCAUCGAAAUCUCCGCCGAGAUUGAAUGGCACGAAACGAUGAAGUUCCUCAAGGUCGAGUUCCCCGUCGACAUCACCAACACCUCUGCCGCGUACGAAACACAGUUCGGCAUCGUCCACCGCCCCACGCACUACAACACGACGUGGGACAUGGCCAAGUUCGAAGUGUGCGUGCACAAAUGGGCCGACCUCUCGGAAGCCACGUACGGCGUCUCGAUCCUCAACGACUCGAAAUUCGGCUUCGCCGUCGCCGGCAACGUCAUGCGCCUCAGCCUGCUGCGCGCCCCCAAGGCCCCCGACGCCCACGCCGACAUGGGCCGCCACUUCACCAAAUACGCCAUCUUCCCGCACGCCGGCCCGCUCGACCACGCCACCGUCCGCAAGGCCGCCGAGUUCAACAACCCCCUACGCGUCGUCGCCCGCCGCACACAGUCGGCCACCGAGCACCCCCCGAUCCCCUCGUUCCGCGUCCGCGGCGCGGACAACCUCGUCCUCGACACUAUCAAGCGCGGCGAAGACGACCCGGAUGUGUCGCGCGGCGAGCUGCCGCCGUCCAAAUCCCACUCGGUUAUUCUGCGCGUGUACGACGCGCUGGGCGGGAAGAGUCGGGGUAUGUUGGAGUGGAGCGGGGUGAGGGUUCGGAAGGUGGUUAGGGUGAAUGCGCUUGAGGACGAGGAGGGGGUGGUUGAGGGGUUGGUUCGUGGGGGUGGGGGUGAAGGGGGAGAGGGGUCUGGGAGUGGGAGUGGGAGUGGGAGUGUGGGGAUUGAGGUGCGGGCGUUUGAGGUUGCGACGUUUAAGUUGGUGUUGGAGGACUAGCACGUGUUGGAGGAUUAGUGGGUGGUUGUGGGGUUCAGGCUGGUGGUGGAGCGUCAGCGCAGAGAGGGUGGGGUGUCAGCGUGGCGACGGUGUCAGCGCGGAGACGGUGUUGACGGGUCACGCAUAGUCCAUAGUCCAGUCUCGUCCAGCAUAGCAUACUAAGCAAAGCGGCGUCUUCUUUCUUUGCGUUCCACGCGGGAAACGACCCAAUCUGACUGGCUAGUGCACCACCGCGCCAGAAAGCCGGCGCUGCGUCUCCCGCCCCAGCCCGAUGUACAAACAGCACAAUGUACAAACCGCGCUUCUCGUGGC